GCAGCCGGCAGUAGUUACAGUGAAGUCUCAGGUGAGGGGCGGGGUCAGUGUCCAAGAGGCCGAGACUACCCCAGCCCAUACCUCUGGCCCAGGACCCGCCUGUUCCCCGCUCCUCCUUGGCUCAAAUUGCGAGGAAGUUUGGGAAAGUUUCGCGAGGCUGCCCCGGGACGCCAGGGAAGAGGUGGCGGUGCUGGGAGAGGCCGGAGGCGGAGCCGAACGGCGCUCCGAUGGAGCACCUCUCACCACACCCUUCCCGGGCGCGGCUCUCGCCGGAUGUGCGACCGCUUCCCGGCUCCGGUGAGCAGCUUCCCAGCGCUGUGUGGCCCGAGCUGCGCCGGCUGCCCUGGGGGAGGGUCAACCCCGCGCCCGAUCGGCCGAGUGGCCUGAGAGUAGAAACUCCCCAGGAUCCAGGGCCGCGUCGGCUGCCAGCUGAACCAUGGCUCACCGCUCACAGUGCUCGUCCUUCGGGGAUGUGGACCGAGACCCCGGACACGUUCCGCCCCACUAUAAGGAGUAUUACCGAAUGGCCAUUGACAUCCUGGCGGAGGAGGGCAUUGACGCCUACUAUCGCUUCCUGGCAACCGAGCAGGAGGUGGACUUUCUCAACAGCACUGAAAUUGAACACAUCAACAAGCACCUCAAGAAGCCUGUGAUCCCCCUCGAGUGCUUGGACUACACCCCUAGCACCUACGAGGACUCGGACUCCUCGGGCACCUAUUGGCCCAUGCACACGGACAUCGCUGCCCCCGUCCUGGACCUGGGCUGGCCCAGCGCCCACACCUUCCGGGGGCCAUCUGACGUCACCAUCUUUGUGCACCCUCCCGCCCCUGACACCCUCAGCAUCAAGGAGGAGGUGCGCCGGUUGAUCCGCUCUGCCACGCAGGUCAUUGCCAUAGUGAUGGACGUUUUCACCGACAUUGAUCUGUUUGAGGAGGUGUUGGAGGCUGCGAGCCGUGGGAUCCCGGUCUACCUUCUCCUGGACGAGAUGCUCUCUCACCACUUCCUGGACAUGGUCAAGAAGUGUCAAGUGAACUUGAGCCACGUACAUUUCCUGCGGGUGCGGACUUUGGUUGGAUCCACCUACCUCUGUCGCUCAGGUAUAUCGUUCACUGGAAAUCUAAUCGAGCGCUUCCUGCUGGUCGACAGUAAUGCCGUCCUCUGCGGCUCCUACAGUUUCAUGUGGUCCUUUGAGAAGAUUCACCGGAGUAUCGUGCAGCGGUUUCAGGGAGAGCUGGUGGCCAUUUUUGACGAGGAGUUCCGGAUCCUGUAUGCCCAGUCGCGCCCUCUUCUCGGAGUGGAGUGCAUGGAGCCAGCCAUGGAGAACUACUACAGUGUGGCCCGGUUCCAGCCUGGCGGUAGGGCCCGGCCCAAACCGGGCUACAUCCAUCGUCAACAGGAGGACAUUCUCUCCCAGCAUUCCAGCCACUCCUGGGCUGAGUCUGACCCCGAAGCCGACCGCCUGGCUCUCAUGUUCAGGCAGGACGGUGAGGAGAGGCGAUUCAUCGAGGGGGUGGGCAUCAGAGGCCACGCCCAGCAGCGCUCCCACUUUCAGCAGGACCACACUUCCAGCGCCAUGCUCAGGGUCAAGCGGAUUGAGAUGAGCUCACUUAAGCGCAGGAGCUACGCUGAGGGCACCGGGGACUAUUACGGUGCCGGUGCUCACCGGUACGGCCGCAUUGCCGAGCACUACGACGAGCUGGACGUCAGGUCAGAGCAUCUGUUUCGGGAGAAGCUGUCCCCCCUGGAGCCUGGGCUGAUGAGGGAGAGGUUUAACUCUUUCAAUCCCCAGCAUCGGGUACUCGACCGCUUCAGGCACAGCCGGGAGGACUUGCAUCUGGCCGACGACCUGCUGCACCACACGCGGCAAGGGUACGAGCAGAGAAAUUUUGAAGAGGCCUUCCUGUCCGGCUACACGCUGCAUCCUCCACUGGCGAACUACGAGCACUCCAGUUCCUCCAAGGACGUUCGGCACGGCUCCGAGCUGGAUCCGGGGAGCGAAGGGUUGCUGGGUCUCAAGGCCCAGAAGCGGCCCAGCAUUGGCCAGUCCUACGCCUGCCAGAAGUCCCCCACACAGAAGCAGGUGCUGGACCCACGGAGCUACCUCCAGGAGUCAGGCCUGGGGCGCAAGUCCGAGGACCAGCCCACCAAGCUGGGGCUGAGGAAGUGGAGGCUUGGCUCCUACCUCAGCGACCACCCGGGGGUGCUGGAGGAGAACACGUUGACAGCCGACCAACCUCCUGCCAGUGACGUGCCUGCCGGCUCCAGGAAGGAUCCUUGUGAGAGCACUCUGAUUAAGGACCCGCCACAGUUCACCAGUUAUAAGCGCCUUGACCUGUACAGCAAACUGCAGAAGGUGGACUCGGCUGAGGGCCAGUCCUCGGACCAGGGUAACGGCGAGCAGGUUGGUAAGCUUGUGAAGCAUACCUCGCUGCGCAGCAAGCUAAACCCCCUGCAACAGAGGGGCUCCAGGCUGAGAUCAUCCCUGAUCUUCAACUCCACAAAGCUCGAACAGCACGCUGGCCAGAAGGGACGCAAGGUACUGAGCAUCCGGGAGCAGCUCCAGACAGGCGAGGCGAAGGAAUCCAAGGAGCAGGAACAGCCCACGGCCAUGGAGACUGAAGGGACAGGUAUCACGGACCACCAGCGGGCGGCUGGCCGUACCUUGCCUGCCGAGACCCCUGCAUCCUCGCACACAGAACCCGUUGCACUGCCCUUGCCCAAUCCGGAACCCAGGCAGGAGCCAGCAGAGCGGCAGGAAGUCAGUCCGAAACCCCGUCAGAAGCUGUUGAAGUUAGACUUCCAACUCAGCCAGAAGGUCCAAGAUGCCCUCAACAAGAUGGCACAGCGCUCGGUCACCCCCAAAACCCCGGGACAGCCGCAACCCGACAAACAUCUGGAGCUUCCUAUGGAAACGCCUCCGGUCCUGCAGCCGUGUCCUGACCCGGCUCUGAAGCCCGGUGUCCAACCCUCGGAGAUGGAUGGCACACCCCCUCCCCCUGCGGAGGAUACCAGCAGCCAAGCCAAGGUCAAGUCGCACUCCCAUGCAGUACGCCUGAACGCUGUGGCGAACGGCGAAGAGGCGGAAGAGGCCACGUCUGAUUCCCAAACCACACCCAAGGCAUCUCCGGAAGAGCAGAGGCUUCCUCACCACCCCGGUGACAGAAAGGUGAAAGAAUCGCCCGUUAGCCCAGGACCGGGACCGUCUGCUGUCGCCUCCACCGAGACUGAGAAGAUUCCUGAGAAAGCUCCAACGAGUAACCACGAUGAGGCCGUGGAGAGAGAGGAGAAGCCACACCGAUCUCCCAUCCACCCCGCCCCAGCCAAAGCCACUCCAACGUCCCAGGCCGGACGGUACUCAAACACCACCUCCAACAUCCUGUACAGCAGCAACCUCCGCGACGACACCAAGGUCAUUUUGGAGCAGAUCUCGGCCAACAGCCAGAAGAACCGAGCUGAGAACGCCAAGGUGCAGCUGGCCCCGGCCAAUGAGGCCGACGACUUGAAGGCUACGGCCGAUGUGGAGAAAGCAGACGCCGGGAAGAAGCUGGGCUUAAACAGUCUGAUCACACCCGAAGGGAGUGUGCCAAGCCCUCUCGAUCACACAGACCCUCUGAUAAAGAAGAUGGACAUCUUCCGAAAGGAGAGACGGGUGUACAGCCGCUUUGAGGUCUUCUACAAGAGAGAUGAGCCGCUGAAAACCGAGGGGGACCCCUUGGGCCAGCAGGACUCCAAGGGUGUGGACGGAUCCGACAAGAAGAAGACGACCAAAUUCAUCCCCAAGAUCCUGGGGACGUUUCGAAAGUUCUGAUGCUGUUCCAUCCCACCUCUAAAGCACUGAGGAUUUGUCUUGAGCUGCGGACUGCUGGGCAUGACUUUCGCUGGACGGUUCCAGCAACUGGGAUACAGAUGACCGGACUAAGGCUGCUUUAUGUCCAGGAGCGUGGCCUGUGGGUCUUGCAGUGGAUGCCGUGCAGUCUCUGGAGAACCAAGUCAACUGAGGGAAGCUCCCACGGGACUGGUCACUGUUUACAGCAGAUAAAAACCCUAGCCAUUUAUCGGGCAGUCUGUCACAGACCGGCAGGGCACCACUGCACUGACACAACUUCACAGUGGUGAGGGAGCAAAGACUAGGUACAAGAAGCAGAGGAUGUGAAGUGUAAAACGAUGAGUGCUCACUGCCUUUGGGCCGAUAACACUUUUGCCGGAGCUUUAAGACGAGUUGGUUUACAAAGGAAGGGGGUGUUGCUUUGGCCCGCCUUUUACCUGUGUCGGUCUCUAUUCAAAUUGCUUUGUGAUGUCUAUGCUGCAGAUUGGGAGCUCAGCGGCCAAUUGUAUGAUAGCCACGUAUUUUAUUUUCUACACUGAUGUCUGUGUAAAGAGGGAAGGGUGUGUUGGGAACUCCCAAACCCAGAAUCUAAGUGCCACCUCUCCAGUUUGAGUAAGGCCCACAUAUACACUCAGGAGGUCUCCUCAGCUCAGCUCAAACCUUGUCAUACAACACAGAACAGCACACCAGGGCAAGAGGACCUUCGGCCCACCAUAUCUGUGAUGGCAUGAUGCUAAGUUUAACUGUACACCUGCCCGAUCGUGGUUCAUCGCUCUCCAUUCCCUGCCUGUUUGCCAGCUGUAGUUUGUCCAGCCUGUUGUUAAGCUUCGAAUCCAGGCAGCAUCCUGGUGAAACUCCUCUACACCCCCUCCAAAGCCUUCACGUCCUUCCUGUAAUUGGGUGACCAGACCUGCACACAAUACUCCCAAGUGUUUACCGCUGGAGGUAAACGUGUUUACCUGCCUUUCAGCCAGGAAGCUACGAUGGUAAGGUCAUGAGACUUUGGAGCUAUUUGGCUCAUCAAGUUGCUCUGCCGUUUGAUUGUAGCUGAUUUAUUUACCCUCUCAAUCCCAUUCUCCUGCCUUCUCCUGUAAUGUUUGAGACCCUGAUUAAUCAAGAACCGAUAAAGCUCUGCCUUAAAUAUACCCAAUAACUUGGCCUUCACAGCCAUCUGAGGCAAUAAAUUCCACAGAUUCACCACCCUCUGGCUAAAGAAAUUCCUCCUCAUCUCUGUUCUAAAUGGACAUUCCUCUAUUCUGAGACUCUGCUGUCUGGUCCUGGGCUCCCUCGUAGGAAACAUCCUCUCCACGUUUACGCUACACAUUUCAGUAUUGGUUGAGUUUUAAUGAGAUUCUCUGCUCCACCGCCCAUUCUUGUAAACUCAGUGAGUACAGGCCCAGAGCCACCAAAUGCAUCUCACACAUGAUCCCUUUCAUUCCCGGGAUGAUAGAAGAAGGCAUUUAGCUGCAAAUAGAGAAAAUUCUGGAAACACUCAAUGUGUCAGGCAGUAUCUGUGGCGAGUGGAGUUGUAGACAGGUCGGGCACAGAAAGGGCUUUCAGACCACGGUGCACAUACCGGCCUCUGUCCUCAUCUUCACUAAUCCCAGUCCUCCACAUUAGAGCCACCUCCUUCUAUUCCUUGUAUAUUUGUCUGUCUAAAUGCUACAGAUGUAGUGACUAUCUGAUUCCACCGCCCCCCCCAACAGUGAGUUCCAGCUAUUGACCACUCUCUGUGAGAAGAAACUUAUCCCUCAGAUCCUUUUCCAAAACUACUUCCUCUUGCCUGAAAACGUUGUCCUUUCUGGGUUUUGGUACUGCAGACAAAAGUAACGCUAAUUAUCAAUUAUUCCUAUGCCCCUCGGAAUCAUAUAUAUAUUCCGUCAGGUUGUCCAUGUAGUGUCCUUCACUCCAGAGAAAACAAGCCUAUCCUGCCCAAUCACUGCCAUGAGACAUAGUGGCAGAAUUAGGCCAUUCAGCCCAUCGAGUCUGCUCUGCCAUUCCAUCACAGCUGAUCUAUUUCCUUCUCAGCCCCAUUCUCCUGCCUUCUCCCCGUAGCAUUUGACAUCCUGAUUUAUCAGCCUCUGCUUUAAACUCUCCAGAACUAAUGUCCAGCAACCCAGACAGAGUCCUGGUCAACCUCCUCUGUGUUCUGUCCAGCACAACCACAUUCUUCAUGGAGUGUGGCAAGGAAUCACAUUGAACAGUGUAUAUUUAAGGCAGAGGUUGAUAGAUUCUUGACUGGUCAGGGCAUGAAAGGUUACAGUGGGGGGGGGGGCGGGGUGCAGACAGGUGAUUGGAGCUGAGAGGAAAAAUGGAUCAACCAUGAUGAAAUGGUGAAUCAGACUUGAUGGCCAAAUGGCUUAAUCUGCUCCGGUACCUUAUGAUCUUAACUUAAGUAGCUAUUGAAAUUAACCAGAACUGCCCACAGUGCUCCAGGUGAGAAAAGAGAGAGGGAGAGGGCUAGUCAUCUUUGCGUUGCAGGGUGGGUGGGACUGGGAUGGAUGGGGUAGAGGCAAUAGCUGUGAUUGGGCGAGACCAGGGUUGAUGAGAUGAUUCAACUGUGUACAGAGUCCUCUCCUCACUGAAUGAGUGAGGGGUCAGUAUGUGACAGCAGUUUUUGGAGAGAUCUGGUAAUUGCAAUUCUUGGAUGCGUUAACAGAGAGCAGGUUUUGACAGAUUCCGCAGUGUAACUGAGCUGGGUUUGACACUUUCCCCAGUGUACGAGAGCUGGGUUUGACACUUUCCCCAGUGUAACGGAGAGCAGGGUUUGACAGAUUCCCCAGUGUAACGGAGAGCAGGGUUUGACAGAUUCCCCAGUGUAACGGAGAGCAGGAUUUGAUAGAUUCCCCAGUGUACGAGAGCAGGGUUUGACAGAUUCCCCAGUGUAAGGGAGAGUAGGGUUUGACAGAUUCCCUAAUGUUACUGUAGAAAUGCGUGAACUGCUGAUACCUUAAGGUAUUUAUAAAUGCUUCUUCUUAUAUGAAAAUGUAACCCAUUGUUGCGUCACGAAAUUGUGUUUUUACGGUGUAUAUAUAAGCUGUAAUUAAUGCUAACUCACCUCUCUGAAGAAUUAGUGCAUGUUGCCUGAAUUUUUUUAUGACUGAUUUUAGAAUCAAGAUAUUUCAGCCAUUUCUUUACUAAUAUUCAGAUGUUUAUUUUGGGCUCUGUAAAGUGUUGGUUAAUAAACAAAAGGCUUUUUACAUCCUGGUGUGCUCUUUGAGAAUUAGACACAAGGCCAUAAGACAAAUGGGUCAUUCAGCCCAUCGAGUCUGCUCAGCCAUUCCAUCACAGCUGAUUUAGUAGCCCUCUCUACUCCAUUCUCCUGACUUCUCCCUGUAACCUUUGAUGUCCCAGCUAAUCAAGAACUUACCAUCCUUUGCUUUAAAUAUACCCAAUGGGUUGGCCUCCAGGUGUCUGUGGCAAUGAAUUCCACAGAUUUGUCACCCUGUGGCUAAAGAAAUUCCAUCAUCAUCUCUACUCUAAAGGUGCGUCCUUGUAUCCUGACGCUGUGCCCUCUGGUCUUGGAAUCUUCCCCAAAAAACCCUCUCCACAUCCAUUCUCAUCCAGCGUAGAACUUAUACUGUCAGUGCAGGGAGUGCAGUCGAAUGGAGGGCCCUUGUUGUGAAGAGUGUAGCUCAUUGAAAACAGCAUCGCAGGUUGAAAGUUCAAAGUGAAAUUUAUUAUCAAAGUGCUUUAAGUCACCAUAUGCAGCAAUGAGAUUCAUUUACCUGUGGGCGUGCUCAGCAAACCUAUAGAACAUUAUCUCUUAACAGGAUCGGUGAAAGAUCAACCGGAGUGCAGAGGACAGCAAAGUGUACAAAUGGAGAUUUAAAUCAAUAGUGGUGAAUAAUGAGAUAGGGGGUUAGCACACUGCCCUUCAUUACUCAGAGAGGAGUUGGGAAAUGAUGUGGCAGUGCUAUCAGUCAUUGGUGAGGGGUACAGUUCUGGUCACCCUGCUGCAGGAAACUGGUGCUUCACUGGCAAGGUGCAGUGAAGGAUUUAGAAGGAUGUUGCCGGUAGGCCUGAGUUCCAGGGAUAAAUUGGGUAGGGUAGGUCUUUAUUCCUUUGACUGUUGGUGAAUAUAUAGAAGUGUUUAAAAUUAUGACAGGUAUAAAUAUGAUGGAUAGCAGCAAUCUGUUGCCCAAGACAGUGGGGGGGAGGAGCAUUAGGGGCAUAGAUUUAGAGUUGGGGGAGGGCAGAGGUAUAAGGCAGGUACAAUAGUACGAUUGAAGAAACACUUAAAUAGGUACCUGGAGGGUCAGGACAGAGAGAUGUGUACUGAAUGCAGGGACUAGGGACAACUGGGUGGGCUCAGGGGUUAGCAUUGGCUGGUUGGGCUGAAGGGCCUGUAUUCAUGCUGUCCUGCCCCUUGACCCUCUGGACAGUUGUCGCCUGCGGCAGUAAUCUAUGAAACUCCCUUUAAGAUUCGUGGCUGGGUCCAGUUAGCUGGCAUUUGAUUUCAGGAGAGGGGCGGGGGAGGUAGAUCAGUGCUGUGCACAGGCACACCCUCCUACAAGCAGCAGUCCAGGAAUUGUGUUCCACAUCGCAGACGGGUUCCAAAACAGCAGAGUGCAGGACUUUAGACCCAGGAGCUGGGGCGAAGUGAUUUGUAAAGGAGGCUUGUUAAUGAGUAACCAAUUCAUUUGUGCAAGAGUGGCAGUCUUUGCCUUUGGUUUAGUCUAAAUUCCCACUGGCUCUAAUUCCCCCAGCCAAACCCACCCUCCUCCCCCAGUUAGGUCAGACCAUAACAUUCUGUAUUCAAAGGACCAAACCGUGUACACAGUGCUGAGAAUUAGAUUUUGUUUAACCUGUGUGUGAUGCUGGCACACUUACUCCAACAAUCCCUGCCCUUCCUGAGGUAUGCAGCCUUGAAGAACAGAGGGCAGAGAAAACUACAAGGUUGUUACUGGCUUCAGGACCUGAGUCAGAGGGAAGGGUUGAACAUGUCUGGUCUUUAUUCCCUGGAGUGUCAGAGAACGAGCAGAGAUUUGAUAGCAGUAUACAAGGGUAUAGAUAGGCUAAAUGCAGGCAAAGCUUUACCACUGAGGUUGAGUGGGAUUAGUGGGAGUGGGAGAUCAAGAGUUAAAGGUGAAAUACUCAAGGGGAACAUGAGGGGGAACUUUCUCACUCAGAGGGUGGUGAGAGUGUGGAGCGAGCUGCCUGCGGGAGUGAUGGAUGUGGGUCUGAUUUCAAUAUUUGAGCAUAAUUUAGAUGAAUGGUAGCCAGCGGGUGGUGAACUGGACUUUGAGGUACGUGGUCAAGGGUUUGUAUCUAGCUGCCCCCUCACCCACUUUCUAUCUGUGCUGGGUUGAGCGUCGAGCUAGCAACCCGGCCUUGUGAAAACCCAAUAAGUGCUAAAUGUUCCACGUGGCGUGGAGAGGAACAACAUGGAUGGGAGGGCUGAGGUCCGGGUGGAGAACGAUGCUGCUGUGCAGAUUAAAUUUGAGCGCGGACUAGAUAGGCCAAAGAGCCUGUUUCUCUGCUGAAGUACUCCAUGGCUCGAGCAGAGGCGAGAUUUCAAAGGAACUUCAGGGGCGGCUUCAUCACUCAGAGAGGGGUGCGUAUUUGGACUUGGGCGACACAGCAUGGACAAGUUGGGCCGAAGGGCCUGUUGCCCUACUGCAAGACUCUAUGGCCCAAAACGCAAGUUCCUGCUCUGUGAGACAGAUCAGGCAACUUCUACGGAGGGGAAUGACCGGUCACCGAUUCGGGCCAAGACCCUUCACCUGCACUGUUGUGUUUGCACUCCCUCUGUCCUGCUAUUUCACUAAAUGAGAGAUGGGUGGGCACCUCUUUAAAUUUCAAAAUCUAACUUUAUUCAUGAUGCUCACUGUGUUCUCAGCACCUCCCUCUGCAACUGGAUACUGGACUUCUUAACGUAAGACCUGAGUCAGGCAGCUAUGUCCCUAGUCCCAUUACAUUGAGCACUGUCGCUUCCCAAGGCUGUGAGCUCAGACCGCUGUCACUGUGCCACAGGAUCCUGCUCUAACUGUGUCAGGUUUGCAGAUGACAGAGGUGUGGUUGGCCUAAUCAACAAGGAUGACAAGGCGGAGUACAGAGAGGAAGUGGAGCAGCUGGUGUGAGGAGAACAACCUAAGCCUGAAUGUGGAGAAGACCAGGGAAAUCACUGUGGACUUCAGGAAGGUGUAGAUGAACCAUCCCCCUGUGAAUACAUGCUUCCGCCGUAGAGAGCAUUAGGUGUACCAUGUCCUGGGAUUUUACAUGACAGAUGGACCUCACCUUGUCCCUUAAUGUCACCUCCCUGAACAAGAAGGCAUGCCAGCGCCUCCACUCCCUAAGAGGGUUGAAGCAACCUCCCACCACCUUAGCUACAUUUUACAGGAACACCAUUGAGAGCAUCCUGACCAGUUGCAUCUCCAUCUGGAGUGGGAGCAGUCAAGCAUCGGACCUGAAGUUCCCACAAACAACUGUGAGAACGAUUGAGAGGAUCAUAGGGUUCUUCCUACCAUCCACUGGGGACGUUUAUCAGGAGCGCUGUGUGUACGCAGAGCCCUUAGCACUAUUAAGGAUCACACCCGACCAUUUAGCAUUCUGUUUGACUUUCUACCAUCAGGCAGGAGACUUUGAUUCACAAAAACAAGAAUGGUUAGGAUGGGAAACAAUUCCUUCCCUCAGGCCAUGAGGCUUUUGAACUCCCUGCUGCAUUGUAUUCGAAGUACCACUGGUCGCUCUGUUCUGUAUCUUAUAAUAUUUAAUUUAUGCACUUCCGUUUGUUAUUUAUACAUGAUUCAUCUUUAGAUUUUAUCCUUAACUUCAUAAGUUGUCAUAUGUUAUAUGUGUUAUGUGUACUACUGUGUUUUGCACUCUGGUUCAGAGAAACAUCUUAUUUCUAUAUACAGUGCCUACCAAAAGUAUAAAUAUUCACCCCCUUCAAGUCAGUAUUUAGUAGAUGCACGUUUGGCAUCAACUACAGCCUGGAGUCUGUGUGGAUAGGUCUCUAUGAGUUUUGCACAUGUAGAAUCUACAACCUUUCCCCAUUCUUGCAAAACUGCUCAAGCUCUGUCAGAUUGCAUUGGGAUCGUGAAUGAAUAAUCUUUGUCAAGUCCAGCCACAAUUUCUCAAUUGGAUUGAGAUUUGGACUUGUUCACUCCAUGACAUUAACUUUGUUGUUUUUAAGCGGGGGUCAUUAUUUUACUGGAAAACGAAUCUUUUCCCAAGUUGCAGUUCUCUUGCAGAUGGCAUCAGGUUUUCCUUCAGGAAUUCCCUGUAUUUUGCUAGAUUAAUUUUACCCUCUACCUUCAUAAGACUUCCAGGGCCUGCAGCAGUGAAGCAUCCCUACAGCAUGAUGCAGCCACCACCAUGCUUCACUGUAGGGAUGGUGUGUUUUUGAUGAUGUGUGGUGUUUGGCUUAACGUCAAACAUAGAGUUUAGUCUGAUAGCCAAAACGCUCAAUUUUGCUUUCAUCUGACCAUAGAGCCUUCUUCCAGCUGAGAUUUCAAGUGAGUUUUUUUUUAAACAGUGGCUUUCUCUUUGCCACUCUCCCAUGAAGCUGAGACUGGUGAAGCACCUGGGCAACAGUUGUUGUAGAAACAUAGAAACAUAGAAAAUAGGUGCAGGAGUAGGCCAUUCGGACCUUCGAGCCUGCACCGCCAUUCAGUAUGAUCAUGGCUGAUCAUCCAACUCAGAACCCUAUACCAGCCUUCCCUCCAUACCCCCUGACCCCCGUAGCCACAAGGGCCAUAUCUAACUCCCUCUUAAAUAUAGCCAAUGAACUGGCCUCAACUGUUUCCUGUGGCAGAGAAUUCCACAGAUUCACCACUCUCUGUGUGAAGAAGUUUUUCCUCAUCUCGGUCCUAAAAGGCUUCCCCUUUAUCCUCAAACUGUGACCCCUCGUUCUGGACUUCCCCAACAUCGGGAACAAUCUUCCUGCAUCUAGCCUGUCCAAUCCCUUUAGUAUUUUAUACAUUUCAAUCAGAUCCCCCCUCAAUCUUCAAAAUUCCAGAAAGUAUAAGCCUAGUCGAUCCAGUCUUUCAUCAUAUGAAAGUCCCGCCAUCCCAGGAAUCAAUCUGGUGAACCUUCUUUGUACUCCCUCUAUGGCAAGAAUGUCUUUCCUCAGAUUAGGGGACCAAAACUGCGCACAAUACUCCAGGUGUGGUCUCACCAAGGCCUUGUACAACUGCAGUAGUACCUCCCUGCUCCUGUACUCGAAUCCUCUCGCUAUAAAUGCCAGCAUACAAUUUGCCUUUUUCACCGCCUGCUGUACCUGCAUGCCCACUUUCAAUGACUGGUGUAUAAUGACACCCAGGUCUCGUUGCACCUCCCCUUUUCCUAAUCGGCCACCAGUCAGAUAAUAGUCUGCUUUCCUGUUCUUGCCUGCACAGUCUCUCCCAUCUCAGCCACUGAAGCUUGUAACUCCUCCAGAGUUGUCACAGGUCUCUUUGUGGUCUGCCCCUUGCACACUUCCUGCACGGUCACUCAGCUUUUGUGGACAGCCUACUCUAGACAGAUUUACAGCUGCGCCAUAUUCUUUCCAUUUCUUGAUUGAAUUAACAGUACUCUAAGGGAUAUUCAGUCACUUGGAAAUUUUCUUGUAUCCAUCUCCUUUCUUGUGCUUUUCAAUAAGCUUUUUGUGGAGUUGCUUGGUGUAUUAUUUUGUCUUCAUGGUGUAGUUUUUGCCAGGAUACUGACUCACCAGCAGUUGGACCUUCCAGAUACAGGAAAACUUUUAUUACAGUCAAAUGAAACACAUUGACUGCAUAAAGACCUCGAAAAACAGAUCUCUAUUUUUUUUCGCAAACAACAGGAAUUCUGCAGAAGCUGGAAGUUCAAGCAACACACAUCAAAGUUGCUGGUGAACGCCGCAGGCCAAGCAGCAUCUCUAGGAAGCCUGAAACGUCGACUGUACCUCUUCCUAGAGAUGCUGCCUGGCCUGCGGCGUUCACCAGCAACUCUGAUGUGUGUUGCUCUCUAUUUUUUUUAACUACUUAUGCGACUUCUAAGACGAAUUGACUGCACCAGUGAUGAUUAGGUGCGUCAUAUUAAAGGAGGUGAAUACUUAUGAAAUCAACUAUUUUGUGUUUUAUAUUUGUAAUUAAUUUAAAUCACUGUGAGAUCUGUUUUCACUUUGUUGAUCAAUGUCAAAAAAGGCAAAUUCAAUGCACGGUGAUUCAAUGUUUUAAAACAAUAAAGCAUGGAAACUUGCAAGGGUGCUGAAAGCUUUUGAUAGGCACUGUACGGUAUAUGGUGAUAUAGGUUAUAGAUAUGUAUUACCGUAGUUAAAUGAACUGACUUGACUUGCUGAGCCUUUUCUGGCCCUACAAGCCGUGCUGUCUCAGCAACCCCCAACAAACACCAUUAAGCCUAAACUAAUCACGGGACAUUUACAAUCAACAAUUAGCCUUCCGGAUACAUCUUGGGACUGUAGAAAAAACUGGAACAGCCGGGGAGAACGUACAGGCACCUUACAGACGAUGUCGGAAAUGAACCCCCCAACUCUGACUCUCCUAGCGGUAACAGCGCCUCGCUAACCCCUUCGCUACUGUGGCCCCUACUCCGAGCUCUGUCGCCAAAUAAAUAAGAAUAUGUAUACAAUGGAAUAAAGAGUGGAAAAAAGACUUUACAUUCGUGGUUGGAACAUUUAGUAGUGUAAAUUUUAAAAACAAGUAUAGAUCACACCAUUAGUCCUUUCAAUGUUUGAGGGGUUUCGCCACCCUUGUGUGCAGCAGUGGAAGGAGCCCAGACAGUGGAUCCUCUGCACAAACCAUAGAAACUACAGCACAGAAACAGGCCUUUUGGCCCUUCUUGGCUGUGCCGAACCAUUUUCUGCCUAGUCCCACUGACCUGCACACGGACCAUAUCCCUCCAUACACGUCCUAUCCAUGUCUCUGUCCAAUUUAUUCUUAAAUGUUAAAAAAGAACCCGCAUUUACCACCUCGUCUGGCAGCUCAUUCCAUACUCCCACCACACUCUGUGUGAAGAAGCCCCCACCCUAAUGUUCCCUUUAA